AUGUCAGGUACUCUGAGAGUCGUGCCUGGCCUCUCCCCAAGCUCCGUUGCAGUCAUCCGGGCACAUCGAAACAGUCAGGGCCAGGUAGUGAGGCUUUCCGCCAUUGAUCAGAUUGCGCCUAGAGACUACAUAUCGACAUGUUUCUUCUUCCGACACAGUCCCGAUGCAGACAAGGAGCAGAUCUUCCUUGCUCUACAUAGGGCUCUCUUAGUGACCGUGAACGAUAUUCCCGAGCUUACAUGCUGUGUGCAGAAGCGCAUCGAUAGCAGCCGUGAAGAGGUUGAGCUUGUCUUUGACUCUGCCAGGGGAGUUGAGAUUUACUACAAAGACUACAAUUCUGCCCAGCUGUGUGGUCUAUGGACUUACGGAAAUUUUGACCAGCUUGAAGAAGAGCAUUUCCCACAUAGCAAGAUACCCAGGAGCCUUGUUUUUGGGCCCUCAUCUGAGUUGAAAGACAAUGUAAAGCUUCCUUCUCUUAUCGUGCAAGCCAGCUUCAUCCCUGGGGGUCUCAUUAUUGGCAGUCAAUUGCAUUUAUUGGACAGACACGACGUCGUCAAGGGCGACCUUAACACAACUCUAGAGGAAUUUCCCAACUGGAAAAUGGCAGAAGACAAGGACAAAUUUCUCAAUCCUACGGACUACAGUUCAGAUGAGGUGUUUGAGAGUGCCAUUUAUUUUAUCCCAGCCGAUAAGAUUGCACUACUCAAAACCCGCAUCCUGAGCACUAUGCCUUCUACUACCAAGGCUGGAACCGUCACUGCAUUAUGCGCGUUCCUAUGGCGUCACGUAGUUCUGGCCAGAGAUAUUGACUGCCGAAAGUAUCCCGACGCAAAGCUAGCUAUUACAGUGGAUGCGAGAACCCGUAUGGAAAGCCCAGUGAUACCGUCCACAUACUGGGGCAACUUUGCAGAGCCAAAUGCAGUGGCUCAGCUAUCUGUAGCUAGUCUGCAAGAAGGCUCGGUUCUGUCAUCAUUACCGUCACGGAACUGCAAGAGCACAAUCUACGGUCAAGCCGCACUCAAUGUACAGAGAGCGAUAGCUGCAGUGGAUGACAAGGCAGUAAGACGACUUGUCGGGCUUUUAAAUCAGAUGCCGAAGAGCACCACUUUGACCUGGAACGCCAACCGCUAUCCGGGUCCUGAUAUGCUCAUAGUGUGCAUUCAGCACCAUGGGUACAACGAUAUCAGCUUUGGGAAGGAUCUCGGUUAUCCUCUCGCCACAAGAGUUACUGUUGGAGAUACGGAAGAUAAGCCUGAUGGCCGUUGUCUAAUUCUACCACCACGGCGUGCCGAUUCUAGAGGUCUUGAAAUCUCGCUGCAGUAUGAUACAAGAACCUUGCAAAAUCUCAAGGAUAAUGUUGAAUUUUCAGAGUAUUUCACGAGAAGGAAUUAG